GUUGAUCUUUCUGCGGCGUUGUUGUUAUCGCUAAGUUUUCGUGUCAUCUCAAGAGAUUUUUUUUUCUAUCUCAUUUUAAAUUAAAAUUGUGCAAAGAAAUUAUUCGACAUCAAGUGUUAGGAUGUCCCAAAAAUCAAUAUUAUCAUUUUUCGCCAAAACCAACGCCAAGAAAGCGGAUGACGAAUCGUUGGCCGGUCAGCAGGAAAAGAGCGGAAAGGAGAAGCGACGUUCCGACGGCGAAGCGGACAAUAACAAUGCGGUUAGCAAAAAGGCAUCGACCGUUAAAUCCGAAGAUGAGGACAGUCCGAUGAAGCGUUCCGGAGGGACUGGACGGAAGUCGGGUGCCGUGUUCGAUUCGUCUCCGGAGGCGUCCCCGGAGAAGAAAUCGGUCGAUGCGAAGACGAACGGAGGUGGGAGUGUCCCCAAGCGAAGGCGCAUUGCCUCGUCCAGUGAGGAGGAAGCAGGAGGAUCGCCCAAGAAGUCCAGUCCAAAGAAAGUGGAUGAGGAGAACCCCAUCAAGAAGGAGAAGCCUAGUCCGAAAGUGAAACCCAAGUCGGAAUCGAAACCUAAAAAAGACGAAAAGAAAUCCCCCAAAUCUUCGGCGAAGAAGAGCUCCCCGAAAGAGAAGAAAGCGGUAAAAGAGGAGAAGCCGACUGAGAGCAAGGACAAGGAAGUGAAGGAAGUUAAGAAGGAAGCCGAAUCGCCCAAAGACAAAGAAGUGAAGGAUGUCAAGAGGGAAGCUGAAUCGCCCAAGAAGGACACUAAACCGGUGGACGUGAAGGACAAAACUGCGAACGUGAUGAGUUUCUUCACCAGUGCCGGAAAGAAAGAUACCGGUUCCAGCAGCGGUUCCAAAGUGGAUGGCGCCGAUUACAAUCCGGGCAAGAAAAACUACCAUCCGAUCAACGACGCCUUCUGGAAGAAGGGUGACAAAGUACCGUACUUGGCUUUGGCCAGGACUUUCCAGAUAAUCGAAGAAACCAGCGGGCGGUUGCGGAUGAUAGAGAUUCUGAGUAACUACUUCCGAUCGGUGAUUUUGCUCAGUCCGAGCGAUUUGCUGGCGAGCGUCUAUCUCAGUCUGAAUCAGUUGGCCCCGGCUUACGAGGGCGUUGAGCUGGGUAUUGCGGAGCAUACGCUGAUGAAGGCCAUUGCCCAGAGUACGGGACGAAGUCUGGCCCAGAUCAAGACCGAUGCUCAGAAUACGGGAGACUUGGGACUGGUGGCCGAGCAGUCGAAGAGUAGUCAACGGAUGAUGUUCCGUCCGGCGCCCCAUUCGGUGGAAGGCGUCUUUGGGAAGCUUAAGGAAAUCGCGAAGAUGACCGGAGCCGCUUCCAUGGCCAAGAAGGUCGACAAGAUCCAAUCGAUGUUUGUUGCAUGCCGUCACUCGGAAGCUCGUUUCAUCAUUCGCUCGCUGGCCGGGAAGCUGCGGAUAGGUCUGGCGGAGCAGUCUUUACUGCAGGCGUUGGCUCAAGCAUGUGCCAUGACUCCACCCAACCAGAAAGAUUGCAAAGAACCCAUAGUGAACGCGCUGAGCAAGUGCAGUGAAGCAACGGCCAAGGCCAAAGUCGACGAAAUCGCCCUGAUCCUGAAAACGGUGUACUGUCAGUGCCCGAACUACAACCAAAUUGUCCCGGUGCUGCUGGAACACGGCAUUGAUCACUUGCUAGAGAAAUGCCCAAUGAUGCCGGGAACUCCUCUCAAACCUAUGUUGGCCCAUCCCACGAAAGGUGUUCAGGAAGUUCUGGAGCGAUUCGAUGGAAUCGACUUCACCUGCGAGUGGAAAUACGACGGGGAACGAGCUCAGAUCCAUCUGCUGGAGGAUGGCACCGUUAACAUCUAUAGCCGUAAUCAGGAGAACAACACCAGCAAGUAUCCGGACAUCAUCGCGCGGUUAGGCAACACCCGCAAGGAAUCUGUAACCACCGCCAUCCUGGAUUGCGAAGCCGUAGCUUGGGAUCCGGAGAAGAAGCAAAUCCUUCCCUUCCAAAUCCUCAGCACCCGGAAGCGAAAGGACGCCAACGAAGCGGACAUCAAGGUCCAGGUGUGCGUCUACAUGUUCGAUCUGCUGUAUCUGAACGGUAAGCCCCUCGUCGAGCGGCCAUUCCUGGAGCGACGAGAACUAAUGUACAAGCACUUCAUCGAGUUCGAAGGCGAGUGGAAGUACGCUACCCGUCUGGACACCGGCGACAUUGACGAACUGCAGCGCUUCCUGGACGAAGCCGUCAAGGGCAACUGCGAAGGACUCAUGGUCAAAACCCUCCAGAAGGAAGCCACCUACGAAAUCGCCAAACGCUCCCGCAAUUGGCUCAAGCUCAAAAAGGAUUACCUCUCGGGGGUGGGAGAUUCUCUGGAUCUGGUCGUAAUCGGAGGCUACAAGGGCAGGGGCAAGCGAACCGGCACCUACGGAGGUUUCCUCCUUGCUUGCUACGACGAAGACAACGAAGAGUAUCAGAGCAUCUGCAAAAUUGGAACCGGAUUCUCCGACGAGGACCUCCAAACGCACACGGACUUCUUCAAGGACAAAAUCAUACCCCGGGCCAAGAACUACUACCGCUACGAUCCAUCACACGAACCGGACGACUGGUUCGAGCCGGCCCAGGUCUGGGAGGUGCUCUGUGCCGAUCUGUCGCUGAGUCCGGUGCAUCGGGCCGGCCAGGGCAUCAUCGAUCCGGAGAAGGGCAUCUCGCUGCGCUUCCCGCGCUUCAUCAAGAUCCGCGACGAUAAGGGAACGACGGAUGCCACCUCGGCCAAACAGGUCGCCGACAUGUACAUGAACCAGGACCAGAUCAAGAAUCAGCAGCAGAACAAUCAGCGGGACCCCGAAGAGGACUUCUACUAGUUAUAAAUUUAGGUGUUACGUUUACUGUAGUGUUAACUUUUUCGUUUGAACCGUUACAAUCAAUCAAUUGUGAAAAUAUACAAUUAAUUCAUUAAAAUUAAAUUCUA